AUGAAGCAGUUUUUGAAGAAGGACCAUUUCAAGUCGUUCAAGAGAAAAGCUGUCGAUGAAAAUGAAAAUGAAAUGGGAGACACGAUUGAGGAAAUCAACAAGAAAAGCGGGGUUGCAGACUCGCUGUACCAGGGAGAUAUUACUUCUUACAAGGCUAACGAAACGGUCAAGGCUGCCUUCAGAAAAGCAGCGCAGUUAUGGACAGACGACACGUGCAUUGAUAUCGAAGAAUACGAUUGGACCAAAUAUCGUACUUCGAAUUUCCUUGACGUGGAAGAUGGAGACGGAUGCUUUUCGCAAGUUGGUAGGAAAGAAGAAAAAGGUCCGCAACCUCUCAGACUCGGCAAAGGCUGUGGAUCG